AUGGCUCUUCAAAGUAAGCUACCAACGGCUGGCGACAUUGAUAAGAUCAUUUCUGCAGAAAUUCCAGAUAAAGAGAAAGACCCAGUGCUCUAUGAAGUUGGUGGUGAUGGUUAUCCUGUCUAUAGAAGGAGGAUGACAGAAGACUACAUUGAGAAGGGUGGUAUUAAAUGUGACAAUAGAUAUGUAUCUGCGUCAAAGGCAAUUUGGAGGAUUUUCAAGUUUCCACUUCAAAAUAGAUCUACCGCAGUUCAGAGACUGUCUUUUCAUGACGAAGGGAAGCAACCUACUUAUUUUGAUGGGAAGGCUCAUAUUUCAGAUGCUUUGGAACAUAUAAUUAAUCAAGAUUCACAGUUCAUGUCUUGGUUGACUUUGAAUAAGAAUAAUGAUGUUGGAAAGAAUGGGAAACGAGCUCGAGAACUUCUAUAUGCUCAAAUCCCAGCAUAUUUUACUUGGGAUGGAAAGAAUAAGCAGUUGAAGAAGAGAUCAAAAGGUUUUUCUUUGGGUCGUAUUAACUAUGUUCCUAGAAAAAUGGAAGAUGAAUACUAUCUUAGGGUGCUUCUUAACAUUGUCAGAGGUCCAAUGAGUUUUGAUGGUAUCAAAACAUAUAAUGGUGUUGUAUACAAAUCUUACAAAGAAGUAUGUUUUGCAAGUGGAAUUCUAGACGAUGAUCAAGUUUUUAUUAACGGUCUAAUAGAAGCAGAUUCUCUUGCUAGACCGGAACAUGUAUGGUUACAAACAUGGCACCUUUUGUCCGAGGAUAUAGGGACAAAACAGAGAGAACAGUACAAGAAUUCAGAAUUGACUCUGAUAGAAGCUCAUAUUAGAAACUACACUGUUCAAGAAACAGAGAUGAUUAUGUUGUUUAAUGGUGGAACUCUCAAAGACAUUGCGCAUUUCCCUCAACCAUCACGCGAAGGUAUUGAUAAUUCCAAUCGGUUAAUUAUUGAUGAGAUGAGAUAUAACCGUGACUUUUUGGAAGAAAAUCAUGCUGAAUGGAUAAAGAUGCUAACGACUGAGCAGAGAAGUAUAUACGAUGAGAUCGCUGGUGAUGUAUUCAAUGAUUUAGGUGGUGUUUUUAUUGUUUAUGGCUUUGGAGGAACAGGGAAAACAUUUGUGUGGAAAACACUAGCAGCCGCUGCUAGAUCAAGAGGAUAG